CUGACGAUGACCUCUCUGUGCAGUCAGUGUACACUCUGGGGGUGGCGUUUGGAGGGAUCAGCGGGAUGUUCCUGAAUGACUGGCUGGGGAGGAAGCUCUGCAUCAUGAUGUCUGCUGUACCCUCUGUGGCGGGCUAUGCGGUGAUGGGCAGUGCACAGGGAGUGUGGAUGCUGCUGCUUGGUCGCAUUCUCACAGGAAUAGCUGCAGGGAUGACAUCAGCCUCAAUACCAGUGUAUGUGUCAGAAAUUUCCAAACCAGAAGUGCGAGGAUGGUUGGGAUCCUGCCCUCAGAUCACAGCUGUCUUCGGGGCCCUCUCUCUGUAUGCGCUUGGGCUGGGGCUGCCCUGGCGCUGGCUGGCUGUGGCGGGGGAGGUUCCCACUUUGCUCAUGCUGGUGCUGUUGUGCUUCAUGCCGGACUCGCCUCGCUUCCUCAUCUCCAAGGGCAGGGCUGAGGAAGCACAGCGCUCGCUGGCCUGGCUUCGAGGGGCCGAGGCUGACUACAUGCGCGAGUAUGCGGAGAUUGACAAGAGUAUCAAUGCACAGGGUAGGAUCUCGUGCACAGACCUGCGGAAUCCCUUUUACUACAGGCCCGUCCUGAUCACUGUGCUCAUGAGGUUUUUACAGCAGAUGACGGGAAUCACCCCUAUCCUUGUCUACCUGGAGCCCAUCUUCAACAUGACCAAAGUCAUCCUGCCCGGGGAUUACGAUGCUGUCAUUGUGGCUUUCGUCCGGCUGGUGGCUGUAAUUAUCGCUGCCACUUUCAUGGAUAAAGCAGGGAGGAAGAUUCUGCUCUUCCUGUCUGGGUUCCUGAUGUUUCUCUCUUCUCUUACAAUGAGUCUGUACAUUCACUUCAGUGAGGGCCACUCCCAACCCCACCACAACACUACCCAGCUCCUCUCUGAUCUCCUCUCACAGCCGCACAGCAUGCUCAGGGCUGGGGGCCAGGGCUCGCUCACCUGGAUACCUCUCAUUAGCACCAUGGUCAUUAUAUUUGGCUAUGCAAUGGGCUGGGGUCCCAUUACCUGGUUGCUCAUGUCAGAGAUUCUGCCCCUGGGUGCUCGCGGGAUGGCCUCUGGUCUGUGUGUAGCGGUCAGCUGGAUCACAGCCUUCGUCGUGACUGAGGUCUUCAUGAUUGUCGUGAAUGCCUAUGGCCUAUUCGUCCCCUUCCUGUUCUUCGCAGUGGUGUGCGUGGUGAAUAUCAUCUUCACAGCAGUGUGUGUGCCGGAAACUAAGGGGAGAUCACUGGAGGAGAUUGAGAACUACUUCAGAAAGGGGCCCACAUUCAGCAACAACGAGUAACAACAUGAAAGAAUCUACUGAUGGAACACAGAUACUUACAGGGGACUGCUAAGUGAUCUGGGAAACGGAAUCUGUUUUCAGUCAGUGAAUCUGAAGCAGUAUUCAGAUUUAAAUACUUGAACAAGAACAUUCAGAUUUUGAUACGGGUAUUCCCCCAAAACGAACAUAAAAAAAAAAAUGGUAUGCUGACGAAUUAAAACAACAUACUGUAACUGAGUGCUCGCUGCGAUAUAAGGAGCCUUCCACGAGUAAACUAGAUUGCACACAGUAUUCAGGCUAUACAGUAGAAAUGCAAUAUGCCAUUUCUGAAGCUUUUCUGCUUUUAGUUCUAGAAUCUUAUAGAAUGGAUUGGUUAAAAAAAAAAAGUCACACAGGAGGAUGACUGCUGAGCUGGGUACUUGUAAACAGACAGUAGGUUCCAUCUAUCGCGUUGCACUUUUUUAUAUUAUCCAGCUGCUGUUGUUACACCCUCAUACUUUUAAAGAGGUCACAAAAAUGAGUUACAGGCAGCCAAGGAGCCAGUCAUGUCUUUUGUUACGUUCACAAUAAAAGGUACCCCCAUACAGUUUCAUGUAUUAAAGGUUACCUUUUUAGCAAUGUUUAUACAUAUAUAUAUACACACACACACACACACACACACACACUGUCAGCUGUAUGGUGUGUUUGUGUCUCAUGUAAAAUGCUGAUGCAGCUCAAUGUGUCAUUUACAUUCAUAACCAUUAUUUAAGUUGCAAAUGACAAGUUGUACCUGCAACUGAAAAUACCUUUAGUGAAUGUAAACAAUCUGGGCUUGCACAGCAAGGAAAACUAUGGAAAAAACUAUGAAAUCAUAGUUCAUAUUAAACUCAAAUACAACUGAACAAUCUUGUGGCACAUGAUCUUAAUAGAAGUACUGUAAUCCACACUGUUCUGGCAAACACAGAUAUUUGUGCCAUUUCGUUU